UACCUAAGACGUGUUCCUCAACAUCAGUUAGAAGAAUUAUGCUUUAAUAGAAACAGACGACUCAGAAUGGACAAGUACUUGGCAAAUCAACAUGUCAUGUAAGAUUACAGCUGGAACUGGCUGCUGAGUAGCGCCACGAGCCUGUUUGAAGAAGUACUGCUUAUUAUGAUCGAAUUGACGAAGAACUGGGCACACAGGCUUCAAAAGGCUUCAUUUACAAUAAACGGUGAUAUGAAUAACUUACAUAAGUGAGAAAGCUAAAUUAGAGUGAGCAGGAAGCGUGAAAAGCGACAGAUGAGACGGGGGCGUGAACAAGUGACGACCAGUGACACUCGCGCGUCAUUCUUGUUGUUGUGACGACAGUGAGCGAUCUUGUUUACCCCCAGCUGUUGAAAAACUUGUUACAACUCCACUGCACGAGUCUUUUAGUGUGACAGUCUCGUCUUGCACUCAUUGCUGGUGCUGGAGUGGGCGAGGAUCAGUGUGAAAGAAACAAAGGAAUGAAGAUAUCCGUGUAUUUUUAGUGUGAGGCGAUGUUGACUAUGAGGAUGGCAGAGUAUGAGGGAGGUGGAGGGAGUCAGGAGGGGAAGAUGGAGGAGGGGGACGUGCUGUUGUCUCGCCUCCGUCAGCUGAACCUCAUUCUCAGUGAGUGUCGCUGGAGGGUGGAGCAGGUUGACCACCACGUUCAUACACUCCACACACAACCUGGAGGCGCCCACACACACUCUGGCGACAGCCACGCCCUCCCCACAUACUCUGAGGACACCCAUGCUCUCCCCACAAACUCUGAGGACACCCAUGCUCUCCCCACAAACUCUGAGGACACCCAUGCUCUCCCCACACACUCUGAGGACACCCAUGCUCUCCCCACACACUCUGAGGACACCCAUGAUCUCCCCACAAACUCUGAGGACACCCAUGAUUUCCCCACACACUCUGAGGACACCCAUGCUCUCCCCACACACUCUGAGGACUCUCAAGGCCUUCAGACUCGCUCUGUGGACUCCCUAACGGACCUUGAGGUUCAAACACACGGUGGAGAUUCCCUCUGUACGUCGCAGGAGCCCUCUAGUGCUCCAAGGGACCAGCAACUAGAAGAUGAUAAAGGAAAAGAAGGAAAGAGUAAAAAAGAAGAAAUCCAGACGAAUAAAUCGGUACUGAAAGACCUUGUGUCGGAAGUGAAAGAGGCAGAGGAACAUCUAGUACAGACGGAGUGGACGGUGGUCAGUGGGGAGUUGCUAGAAGUCUUCGAGGUCACCAACGACGGAGUUGAAGAAGAAAGUUUAGAGGACGACGCUGGAGGUGCGUCAGGAAGCAGAUGUCAUGAACCUGAGGUCAAGCGACAACAACGGAUGAAGAAACAAGGAAACAUUGAGUUGGACGAUUAUGAACCGACGGGGUGUUACCUGUGUAUAACCCCAGAGACACGACACACUCGCCACGCUGAAGAAUCUCAACUCUUCAGAAUUUCCAGCUGUCCAGACUUACGACUGCUGGAGGACGAGGAAGCAAAACUCGCUGUACCGGGAACACCAUCAACAUCUGUCUGCGAUUUAGUGACUCACUCUGACACUACAAGCUAUCGGCAAUUGUUUCGACAGUCAAGUCAAGCUGAAAGUGAGGAUGGACUAAUUGAGGAUAAAAUAAUACAUGCAUUCUCUCGGAGUCUUUGUACUUCUUCUCAGGACAUUAACCAGAGAUUAGAGACGGCGGUCAAGGAGCUGGAGCGCCUCAUAGUGUCCUUCAUCUCCCUUCAGAAAGACUUUGGAUAUUCUCAAAUGACCGAACAGCAGCAUCAAGAUGGUCAGCCAAGCUUCUCACAUAUUCCCCAGGAGGUGGCGAGAACUCUUGACCCUCGUAGUGUUGUGGUGCAGAAGGACCUCAGUAAUGCCUUUGAAGCUGUACUUGACGUGGCACCGACGGGAGGCUUGAUGGGUGCCUCACGUCAGCACCACUCACACCUCGCCCACCCAGAGUCUCCGGAUGGUGAAGACUACACGACUGCACGCGGAGGUGUAAGCAGAGAAAAUUUCCCAGAAAAACCUGAUCCAGUCAACGAUAGCCAACAGGACCCAGGACCAGCGAGUGCCAAGCCUUACGGAGGGAGGAGACAGGAGCUGAAGGACUCUCUAACCACCGUGAUGGUAAUAUUCCUUCUGCUGUUUGGGCUUCUCUUCCUCGCCUUCUGUCUCCUGCUUGUGGUGCCCGUCAUCACCGUCUCCGUCACCACCACUGGGAAACCUCACGUCUUCUAAGGGCCCCAUCACCUGCACCCAACCCCGCGCCUUCCAGUGUGCCACGAAAGUUGCUGGAGAUCAUCUUACACCGUCUUAACACCAGGGACCUGCGAUAUAAAGCACUAACAGUUACGUGUCUUAUUGAUAAGUUGAACUGGAACACCUGCCCCUCUAAAUCUGAAUUAAUUACGAUUGAUUUUCCUUUAUAGUGUAUUCCAUGAUCUUACUCUGUGAGACAAUAUGACACAACUUAUGAUUGUGAGAAUUAAACCAUUGUGACUUGAAGAUGAGAACGUGGUGGUGAGCAAAUGUAUCUGAUUUGUAGAAAGGACAGUUUGACACAUAAGGUGAGAUGCAUCUAAUGUUGACAUCCAGUAUAGAGAUAUGUAAUGAUAAAAUGACUCUCCAACUACGGCCUUAAUUCCCUGAACACUUGGCAAUAUCUAGUUCCGCUUUAUGUGUUUAGUUUACAGUUGUGAACUUUGCUCUUCGUUAUCAAUUGUGUUAAAUAGGAACUUAUAAAAUACUGCUUCAAACAACGAAAAUAUGAAAUAAACAGAUGCUAAAGUUGUAACCCUCUCACACCUACACGACCCUUAAAUAGAUGUUGUACCAGAUAUUAACAACAAGUGUUCGGGGAAUUUUGUCCGUUUCUGUACAAGUCUUGAAUUAAGAUCUGAUAAAUACUUUGUAAGUUAAUUGUGUUUUUAUUGAACAUUUUGUUAAGAUACUUUUUAAUGGUACAAUAAAUAAUUAGUAAUUAGA